GAACCGAGAGGCCCAAAAUAAAGAGCCCCAACCGGGCUAAAUAAUCCAAAUUCAAUUCUCUUUUGAAAAAUUGGGGACUGAAAAGAUAUGGAUAAACCCUAACACUGUACCAAGUAAACCCAUGGCAACAAUCCAUUUUCUUCCACAAUCUCUUCCUCAUCACCGUUCUCACAAUUCACUGUUUUCCAUCAAGUCAUCCGUCAAUGACCACCCCACCACCACUCAACAACCCCCUCGUCGUGGCCGUAAAAAAGCACCCACCCCCACAACCUCAAAAAGAAAAUCAAGAACCCCAAAAGACGCAAACGUUGAGAGCAACAUUAGUGAAAUUUCAAGAAAAUCUCAAGAGAUUGAUGACUAUGACUAUGAUGAUGGGGUUCAUUUUCCGUACCCAAACCCACCAUUAGUCUGCUGUUUUGGUGCAGCACAGAAGGAGUUUGUGCCGACAGUAAGAGUAUCAGUUGAACAAAUGGACAAAGAUAAGUAUUCAGAGUGGAAAAUGUUGCAAUGGAAUCCACCUGAGUUUGUUAGAGCACCUGGUGGACCAUCAUCAAAUGUUGCUAUAUCACAUGUUAGGCUUGGUGGUAGAGCUGCAUUUAUAGGAAAAGUUGGGAAUGAUGAGUUUGGACAAGAAAUGGUUUUGUUAAUGAAUAAAGAAAAUGUGCAAACUAGGGCUGUGAUAUUCGAUGAUGGUAUGAGGACUGGGUGUAGUUAUAUGAAGAUUAAGUUUGUCGAUGGGAAAAUGAAGGUUGAGAAAGUCAAGGACUCUGCUGAGGAUUCUUUGCUUAGCUCCGAAUUGAAUCUUGAUGUUCUGAAAGAGGCUAGGAUAUUUCACUUCAAUUCUGGAGUUUUGACAUCUUCAUCUAUGCAUUCUACUCUUUUUAAAGCAAUUAAAUUGUCGAAGAAGUUUGGUGGUCUUAUAUUUUUUGAUUUGAAUCUGCCAUUGCCCUUGUGGAGAUCACGUGAUGAAACAAGGCAUUUGAUCAAGGAAGCCUGGGAACAAGCUAACAUCAUUGAGGUCUCAAGGGAAGAGCUUGAAUUUCUUCUUGACGAAGACCAUUACGAGAGGAAAAGGAAUUAUAGACCACAAUACUUUGCGGAGACUUACGAACAAACAAAACAAAGAAGAAAUUAUUAUCACUAUACUCCUGAGGAAAUUGCUCCCUUGUGGCAUGAUGGACUGAAGCUUUUGUUCGUUACAGAUGGGACACUUAGGAUUCAUUACUACUCUCCUUCUUUUGAUGGAGUGGUGGUUGGUACGGAAGACGUGCUCAUAACACCAUUUACUUGUGAUAGAACUGGUUCUGGCGAUGCUGUUGUUGCUGGAAUAAUGAGAAAGUUGACGACGCAACCGGAGAUGUACCACGAUCAAGAUGUUCUAGAGAGACAGCUUCGCUUUGCAAUUGCUGCGGGCAUAAUAUCCCAGUGGACAAUUGGUGCUGUUAGGGGUUUCCCCACUGAAAGCGCCACGCAGAAUCUCAAAGAGCAGGUAUAUGUACCAUCAAUGUGGUAGUAGUGCCAUAAUGUCAAUACUCAGGACAUUGUAUUCUGUAGUUACUAACUAGUUAAAAGUAGAUUUUGUUGUAAUUAAUCCGACACUUCACAAAUGGUUGUCAAAAAAGAAAUGAUUGUUGAGUUAACUGGUAGUUCUUGUUCUUCUA